GUUAAUAUCCGUCGAAAUUCGACGGCUUACACGCUAAUUUGCAUUUACGCUCCCAAAAUUCAACUAAAUCCUAUUCACUUCUUCCUUUCUCUCUCUACAACAACUGCGAGGAUCCGAAUCUGCGUUUUCUUUUUUUCGUUCCUCUUUUCCGAUCUUUAUUUAAUCCUUAUUCAAGAUUACGUCGCCGCAUACGCUCAAGAUUCAAAGUAAUACUUGAUUCCUGAACCCUAGGAUUACAUUGAUUUCUCCGCCGGGGAGCUAUUUUUUGGAUUGUUGUUCACCAAAGGAAAGGAGAUUCGAUUGCAUCGACGGAUUUGGUCUGUACGGAUUGGCCAUGCGACGAUUGUUAUCGGAGACGAUCGGCCUCUUGAGAGAGGACUCCACCACCAUCGCCGCCGCCACCUAUCGAGGUGUUAUCUUUUCUGAAUUAGCCGAUUGUUGUAGAUAUCGCGAUGGUCGUUGAUACGCACGUCCCUAGUUCGAGGGGGCUGCUGUGCAAUGCUGGCGCAGGUGCCGCAGCUGGAGUGAUUGCAGCUACUUUUGUGUGUCCACUUGAUGUUAUCAAGACAAGGCUGCAGGUCCAUGGGCUACCGCAGCUCACUAAUACUAAUAUUAGAGGUAGUAUUAUAUUUGGAAGCUUAGAACAAAUAUUUCGGAAGGAGGGGUUGCGUGGCAUGUACCGCGGGCUUUCACCUACUGUGCUUGCGUUGCUUCCAAAUUGGGCGGUGUAUUUUACGAUUUAUGAUCAUUUAAAGAGUUCUCUUGGUGCUGAUGAUGUAAAUCAUCAUCAGCUCUCAGUUGGUGCAAAUAUGAUUGCUGCUUCUGGUGCUGGAGCUGCGACUACGAUCGUCACAAAUCCUCUUUGGGUUGUCAAGACAAGGUUUCAAACUCAAGGUAUAAGACCAGGGGUGGUCCUUUAUAGGGGAACAUUUUCUGCCUUAAGAAGAAUCAUACACGAAGAGGGUAUUCGUGGACUAUAUAGUGGUCUUGUGCCAGCUUUGGCUGGUAUCAGUCAUGUUGCGAUUCAGUUUCCUACAUAUGAGAAGAUAAAAAGUUACUUAGCCGAUCGAAAUAACACCACCACGGAUAAACUCGGCGCGAGCGAUGUUGCUCUUGCUUCCUCAGUUUCAAAAAUAUUUGCUUCCACCUUGACAUAUCCCCAUGAGGUUGUACGUUCAAGGCUUCAAGAACAAGGACACCACUCAAAGAAACGGUAUUCUGGUGUGGUAGAUUGUGUUAAGAAAGUAUAUCAGAGUGAGGGCAUCCCUGGUUUUUAUCGGGGUUGUGCUACCAACCUGCUGAGGACAACCCCAGCUGCCGUAAUCACAUUCACCAGUUUUGAAAUUAUUCAUCGCUUUCUUGUCACCGUGUUCCCUCCCGAUUCACACCCUCAAACACUGUGAGGUGUUGAAGAAGCUCAGUAUACGGUGCCAAAAAGAAAAUCUGCCUCAUACAUGACUUUGUCCUGCCGUAUAAACUCCUUUCUUCCCUAAUUGACUGAAUUCUAGUUUUUAGGAGAUAAGAGUAUGUGACUGAGAUGAUGGUGAUGAUGAUGAUAAGUUGUUAUGAUACAGGAACAGCCUAUUAUGAUACAGGAAUAGCCUAUUGAAUGUUUCCAAUUCAUUUUAUCAGGGAAUUGUAAUAUCUUCAGAUAUGGUAAGACCAACAAUUUUUUGGCUCCUAUAUUUUACUUAAAGCAUCAUAUAUGAAAUUCAUUUUAUUUCAUUC